AUGGCCUACCUGCAUUCCCUGCACUACAUCCACAGGGACCUGGCAGCCAGGAACGUUCUCCUGGAAAACGAAAACCUGGUAAAAAUCGGCGAUUUCGGCUUGGCCAAAUCCGUGCCUGAGGGCCACGAGUAUUACAGGGUGAGAGAGGAUGGAGACAGCCCCGUGUUCUGGUACGCCCCGGAAUGCCUGAAGGAGUGCAAGUUUUAUUAUUCGUCGGAUGUUUGGUCGUUUGGGGUGACUCUGUACGAGCUGCUGACACGUUGUGAACCCGGGAGCAGCCCCCCAGCUAAGUUCGUGGAGAUGAUGGGGGUCACGCAGGGGCAGAUGACGGUGCUGAGGUUGAUGGAGCUGCUGGAGAGGGGGAAGAGGCUGCCAGUGCCCAGGGAUUCGCUGCGGAUACUCCGAGCCGACCCAUCCUCCAAUCAGAAGCCGCGUUAUUGA